AUGACUGCUACCGGCCAGGUCCAGGGGCAGAUCCCGGUCCAGGGGCAGAUCCGGAAGCCGCUCCAGGAGCCGCGCUGUCUCAAGGGUCCGGGAAGCAUGAUGCCCCCGCAGGAGAAACUGGUCGACACGAUGAAGUCGGUGAACUUGGCCGACUUUGUGGGCACCUUGACUGCGUACAAGGCUUACAAUUUGUUCCCAGGUCACAAGCGGAAAAUGCAGCUGCCCGGCCUCAACAUAACGGCCGAGCGUCUCUUUUUUAUCAACAGCUGCGUCAAAUUGUGCGAAAAAAAUCCCAUGGCGGCGCAGCGGUACGCGUCAUCCAUUUCGCGCUGCAUUGUGCCGCUCAUGAACAUGCCCGAAUUUGCGACCGCGUUCGGCUGCGCAGUUGGGACCCCCAUGAACCCCCCGGUGAGCAUCCACCUGCAGGAGUCAGACAUCUACUUGUUAACGCCCGUUGGAGACACUCAGGAAGACAACGAAAAGCGGCAAAGCGGGAGCAGUCGGGAUUCCAUCACGCUAAUGGUCUGCGUGUUCGGCCUGCUACCAGGAAUUAUGAUCACUGCACUCCUGACCAUCUAUUUCCUCUCCAGUGAUUCGCUAUCCGAAGCUACCAUGAAGGGUACGCAAGCGCCAGAAUCUCCGGGUGGUAGCAUGGUUGUGCCGAGCGUCGAGUCAAUAAGCACCCGGCAGUCACACACAAUGGAAGCUCAUGGACCUCUUUCCACAGCCAAGACUGUACCUAUUCCUAUGGCAUCACCUGUUUUGGGGACUGAAACGGCACUCCCGACAACUGUUUCAGCUGACACGGCACUCCCGACAACUGUUUCAGCUGACACGGCACUCCCGACAACUGUUUCAGCUGAAACGGCACUCCCCACAACUGUUUCGCCAUCUGUUGGUGCGAGCGACAACGUAUGCACGACUGACGAGUGCCACUUCAUGGCGCAGUGGCUGCGCCAGAAGCUGGACCCCGAAGCAGACCCGUGCGAAGACUUCUACCGUUUUGUAUGCGGCACAUUCAAGGAGGGGCCGGGCCCUAACGUCUUCACUAGGGCUACUCAUACUAUGAUAAGCAUCAUAAUAGGAGCCGCGUACGCUGCCCGAGUUCCAGCCACUGGUCAGACUUCAUGGCAAAAAGCUGCCGGCAUGUUCCAGGCCUGCGCUUCCCUCAUCGCGACAGACCGAUCCGAGACGGCUUACCUUGUGGCGUGGAUGACUUCAAUUGAUUUGGACCUGAACAACCAGACUGCGCUACAGAGCGUCGACCCAAAAGACAUGAUGGUGCGCUGCUCACUCGAUUUCGGAGUCCAGGCAAUCAUUUCCAUCAAACUUCUCGAACUUUUCUUCUUCAAGAAGAAGAGGGGAAUUUUGCUGACUUACAGCGAAAGAGACUCUGAGCGGCUGGCUUCAGUCAGGAAUGUUUCGGAAAAGGCGAAGUUGCGCGAUUACGUCCAAAUUCUCAGCUUGUACGGCUUGGACUCAAAUGAAACGGAGAGACUCGCUUCCCUCAUCAGCAAACACGAGUCAAAACUUGACAACAUCGUCUUGAAUGAAAAUAUGGCGCAAGCCAAGAUGUUGCUGGGAAAUAUUCGUUCUAUGGGGAUGCAGACACAACCGUACGUCAAGGGAGAGGAAUGGGCCACGGCUUUUUCCAAAUACACCAAUAAUACCUACAAAGGCGACGACCUCAUAGUGUAUAAGACGGACAUACUCAACAUUGUCGCUGCACUCUUCAAGUCUGUGAAACAGCAGUGGAUUACCAACCUCAUCGCUUGGAGUGUCUACAGGCAGCUGCUGCCGUUCACAGAUCGGAGGUUUCUAGUGAACCCGGAAGAACCAAGCCAAGCCUGCUAUUAUUUCGUCAAAAAGGUGAUGAAGCUGGCAAUUGCGGCUCCGUACCUGCUCUCCGUGACCAACCAAAAGACGCUGAAUGAGACAGCAUCAAUGGUUGAAAAUAUUCGACGAGCCUACCGGACAGCCUUCGAGACAUCAAGCUGGGUCACAGGUGGUGUACGACAAGUGGCCGUCCAGAAACUCACAAACAUGAAGUACUACGUGGGAAGUCCUGGACAGCGGCUAGACCCCGCCGCCAUUGAGAAGUAUUACGAUGCAGUGCCGGACGUGACUACGGACAAAUUUUUCGAAGCAUGGAGGAAGGCACUAUCGGUUUCUUGUCAUCAGACUUGGGCUGACCAGAAAACCUCGAUCUUCGACGAAACUACAGUGAACGCCUACUAUGUGGUUAAUUUCAAUACUGCGUUUAUUCCAACCGCAAUUCUCCAGCUCCCUUUCUUUUAUACCGGAGCUCCUCCUGCUAUCAACUAUGGCGGCAUUGGCGCGGACUCUUAG